AUGUUCCAGCAAAUAUGCAAGAGACUAAUCCGCAGCGGCUGGAUAGUUACACCAAACGCAAAAUAUAAAAACUAUGUCAUGUCUGAUGUCCUGGCCCAAAUAGAACGCGAAUGUGAGAAAUUUUGUGCGGUGCCGCGUGUUCCUCCACAAAAGGUAACAAUAAUGGGAGCAGGCAGUGACAUUGGUCGCAUCACAUCUCUUUUCUUGAAGCAGCAGAAAGUAAUCAAAACGUUGACUCUAUACGACGAUGAGCCGGAAGCAUGUGUACUUGGAGUCGCUAGUGAUAUAGCUCAUAUAGACACCAGCACUGAAGUGGAGGCGUACCAAGGCCAUGUACAUCUAAAAGAUGCUCUUCACGAUUCAGAUGUGGUAUUAAUUUGUGGCGGUUACUACGCAAUGCCACCAUGUUGCAAUGUUUUAGACCGAGAUUUAUUUUUCAAAAACAUGGAGCGAGUGCGUAUUGCGUGCAUCGCAUGUGCACGCUUCAGCCCGCACGCGGUUCUUGCUAUACAGACGCCACCGGUUGACUGCAACUUUUCACUCUGCAUGAAUACCCUUAAGCUUAUUGGGGUAUACGAUAAGCGACGCUUAUUGGGCGUGAACGCCAUCAGCUCCAUGCGCGCUAAUCAGCUGUUCUGUUCUCUCACCGGUAAAGACCCCAGUACUUCCCACAUGCCAGUGGUCUGUGGUACCGGCAGGUGUACAAGAGUGCCCGUGUUCUCGAUGGGUAAAGCGGGAAACUUCCCCCAGACGCAAGUAGAGUGCCUGACAAAGUUGGUACGAGAAGCUGAGGAGAUAAUUUGUAAGGUUAAGGGUGACGGCCAACAAGGACAUCUCUCUGUCGGUUUCUCUACUGCCAGAUUUGUAAUUAAUAUUAUGAAAGGUCUUUUCGAGAAACCCACCUUCAUCGACAGCGCUUUAGUAGAACAAGAAGACCCUAAAAAGUGCUACGACAUGCAUAUUUGUGCUACACCUAUCACUAUUGGUAAAGGAGGCAUUGUUCAAUAUGCAGUACCUACGCUCAACGAGAUAGAGACAAGGCAAUUGGAAAAAAGCAAGUGUGAUCUCGAAGACAUGAUUAACCUUGGAAGGUGUUAUGCCGUAGGCGAAGAAUAUUAUCUCCACUCGUGCAAAAUAUGCACCUGCCCUACUCCUACGUGUGAUAUUUGUACCCCUAAAUCUGAUGGUCAAAAAAGAUUGAAGAACAAGUGA